AUGGGUAUCUGCAGCUCCUCGUGCUGCGGAGGUCGAGCCCGCGAUGGCUUGUAUGAACCCGUCCUCGCCGAUAGCGAACGAGAGGCCGUAGCCGACCUUCUCCAGUAUCUCGAAAAUCGCGGCGAGACCGACUUCUUCUCUGGCGAACCUCUUCGUGCUCUGAGCACCUUGGUCUUUUCGGAAAACAUUGAUCUUCAACGAAGUGCUAGUCUGACUUUUGCUGAGAUUACCGAGCGAGGUACGAAAGAGCCCCGAGUUUCCGACUGGUCUAACAAUGUAGAUGUCCGAGAGGUUGACCGCGAUACUCUUGAACCUAUUCUAUUUCUUCUCCAGAGCCCCGAUAUCGAAGUCCAGCGAGCUGCCAGUGCUGCACUCGGAAACCUGGCCGUUGACACCGAGAACAAGGUUCUCAUUGUGCAACUUGGUGGUCUAACACCUUUGAUCCGCCAGAUGAUGUCCCCCAAUGUCGAAGUCCAGUGCAAUGCUGUGGGAUGUAUCACCAACUUGGCUACACAUGAGGAGAAUAAAGCAAAGAUUGCUCGCUCCGGAGCUCUGGGUCCUCUGACAAGAUUGGCCAAGUCGAGGGAUAUGCGGGUUCAGCGGAAUGCUACUGGCGCUCUGCUCAACAUGACACAUUCUGGUAUGUUUGUAUAUGGCAAUGGUAACGACAUGCUGACAAGAGUAGAUGAAAACCGACAACAACUGGUAAAUGCCGGAGCAAUUCCCGUCCUCGUUCAGCUUCUUUCUUCUCCCGAUGUCGACGUUCAAUACUACUGCACCACAGCACUCAGCAAUAUCGCUGUCGACGCGAGCAACCGACGAAAGCUGGCUCAAAGCGAACCCAAAUUGGUCCAAUCUCUUGUCAAUCUAAUGGACUCGACUUCACCCAAGGUUCAAUGCCAAGCUGCCCUGGCUCUCCGCAACCUCGCUUCCGACGAAAAGUAUCAGCUCGAUAUCGUUCGUGCCAAUGGACUUCACCCUCUUCUCCGACUCCUCCAAUCUUCUUAUCUACCGCUCAUCCUUUCUGCUGUCGCCUGCAUACGAAACAUCUCUAUCCACCCUCUUAACGAGUCACCAAUUAUCGAAACCAACUUCCUCAAGCCACUCGUCGACCUACUUGGAUCUACCGACAAUGAAGAGAUUCAGUGCCAUGCCAUCUCGACCCUUCGAAAUCUUGCCGCCAGUUCCGAUCGAAACAAAGCCCUUGUCCUGGAUGCCGGUGCCGUGCAAAAGUGCAAGCAAUUGGUUCUUGAUGUGCCCAUCACUGUUCAGUCUGAGAUGACCGCCGCUAUUGCCGUUCUGGCAUUGAGUGACGAUCUCAAGUCUCAUCUCUUGAACCUUGGAGUCUGCGGUGUUCUCAUUCCUCUCACCCAUUCGCCAAGCAUUGAAGUCCAAGGCAACAGUGCUGCUGCCCUGGGCAACCUUUCUUCUAAAGUGGGUGACUACUCUAUCUUUGUACAAAACUGGACCGAACCCCAAGGUGGAAUUCACGGAUACCUCUGCCGAUUCCUGCAGUCUGGUGAUGCCACCUUCCAGCACAUCGCCGUCUGGACCCUUCUCCAGCUCUUCGAGUCCGAGGAUAAGACUCUUAUUGGUCUCAUUGGAAAGGCAGAGGAUAUCAUCGAGCACAUUCGAAGCAUUGCAAAUCGUCAAAUUGAAACCGACAAUGAAUUCGAGGACGAGGAUGAGGGUGAGGUUGUCAACCUAGCUCAACGUUGCCUGGAACUCCUGGGACAGAGCAUGUCCAAGGCUCACAUUGAGGGCUAA